UGGUUUUGUUCACGAAUGUUUAAAAUAAUUUGAAAAAGUUUAGAAGAGAUUAUUAAAAUAUUGUUGUGUUUUACGUAUUUCAAAACUAGUGGAAAUAUAAAAAUGGCGCUGGAACCAAAUCCGAUACAUGGAACUAACGAAAGAAUAUCCAGGGCAGCCAUUGAAGUUUCAUUCGAUGAGAAUUUUGACGAUAUUUACAACAGAAGAUUCAAAAAGUAUUGCUUAUUACUGGCUAAGGAAAAAGAACUACUGCGACGUAUGGGAAAAGUUCGAGUACGAAGUUCUACUGUGGGACCAAAAGAAAAUGAUUCAUCACCAUUGGGUGAAAUAACAGAGAACAACAAUACGGAAGAUCCACUUCAAACGCGACCGUUACUUACCGACGGCCGACGUGCAAGCUCUCUAAAAGACAUGCGACAUUUAACGCCUCCGAGGGCCACAUUAACGUCUUGCCGUCGUUUGUCAACGAGUUAUGAAGAACUGGAUCCGCUGCCAUUUAACGAAAAAGUAGGCGAAGAAAAUUACCCACAAUCCGUUAGGCAUUCGUCAACAAUAAGUCGGAGAAAACCGGCAAUCCCUCAUUCUCACAGCUGCGAAGGAAUAUCCUCAAACGAUCAAGAAAAACCUGUCAGAUUAAAACACGCGGAAAGUUUCGACGACGUGGCUGUUGGUCAAAUGCUUGCACAAAUGGUUAAUCCUGACAGCAACGGCUUACGUAGUUACGACAGAGAUUCGUUAAAGACGUCAUCAUCAAGAGAUCUAACAGACCGGAAUGUCAGAGACGUUGUGAAGGAAUCUAAGACAUUACGCUCUUCCAGUCCAUCAUUAGAACGCAGGCUAGCUCAAGCACGCUUAAAAGCUAUAAAACGAGACGAAACAAUGCGCAGACUGGAUGACGACUUUACUCGAGCAAGAGAGAUCAUGAACAGAUACAAAUCAACCGAGUCGUUAAAUGGAGGUUUGUCAGCAGAAGAAGAGGACGAUAAAAGAAGAACCUGGAGCAAAUGACGAAAUAAGAAAAUUUUCUGCUCAUCAGAGUAUCGUUUAACAGACUUUAUAAGUUUUUGCAUUAGCUAUAAUACGAAUUCAGUCUAUAAGCUUUCAGGUUUUUUUAAGAAAAUCACAUUCUGAAAUAAGGAGAAUUUGCAGAUAAUUGAAAAAACUUCUUUGUUUUGCAGUAUGCUCUGUUGGCGUGAAAAGAGGCCAACGUUAAACAGGAAAGCACAUGGUUGCUGAUCAAGCUUUUCGCCUGCGUCUAAAAAGCCUCCUAACAUAAGCAUUUGAACAAAGUACGUGGUUCCUUAAUAAAAAAAGGUAUAUUAAACAACUCAAAAAUUAGAAAUGUAUAAAUUACUAGAAACUAAUAUAUCUUACAUCUUUUA